GUCUUUUUCUGUGUGCGCAUGUGCAAUGACCUUGUAGGAACUGCCUCUACUUACAAACGAGUUGUGUUGCAGGUGGUCUGUCUGGUCAUGUAGAUGCCACUGGUUCUUCACGUUCUGCAUCACGGUCAGCGACGAGGGCAUGUCCGAGGCUCCGUCGUCCGAGGAGGGGCAGUCGCCCGUCGGGCGAGACGCUGGAGGGGACCCCGGCCGUGAGACGCCGUCCCUUGGAGGAGAUGCUCAGCGCGAGGAUGUUCAUGCCGCCGCCGAUGAGAUGGCAGCCUCUUUGCCGGUGGAGCCACGCGACGGGAAAGCGGGUCAAGAAAAGCCGAGGAAUGAGACGUGGCCACGGGUGAAAGUUAAGAGUGAAGACACCGAUGAUAGUCAGGAAGAAUCCGACAUUCGUUUGAAAGAAGAAGACUCUGAGUCCGAAGGAGAGGACCUUAGUAGUGAGGAUGAGGAUCUUAAAUCCGAUGAGCGAGACCUUCAUUCCAACGAGGGGGAUGAUGACGACCACGAUGAGGAGGAAGCCUUCGAGGCCGGCGGUUCCAAAGGGAGGCUUCGGAGAGGGCCACGGAGCUCACGGAGAGACGGGGUGAUUUCGUCGGACGUGGCCGAGAUUGAGGUGGUCCUGGAGGACGACAGCAGUCGUAGGAAUUCACCGAUCGACCAGAAGGCCCGCGACGAGAAGAUGUCCCACCGGUGCUCCCUGUGCGGCAAGGGAUUCUCCUGCUUGUCGCGCCUCAAGAGCCACACGAUGACGCACACCGGUGAGCGGCCCCUCGAGUGCUCCGUGUGUGGGAAGGGUUUCCGAAAGUCAUCAGCCCUCAAGAGCCACGCGAUGAUCCACACGGGGGAGAAGCCGUAUCGGUGCUCGCUGUGCGAAAAGGGAUUCAUUGAGUCGUUCGCCCUCAAGAGGCACAUGAUGAAGCACACGGACGAGAAGCCGUACAUGUGCUCGGUGUGCGGGAAGACCUUCACGGACUCGUCGACGCUCAAGAGCCACCUUCUGAUCCACACGGGCGAGAAGCCGCACGAGUGUGCGACGUGCGGGAAGACCUUCGCGCGUAUCUCCAACCUCAGGAGCCACGCUAAGAUCCACACGGGCGUGAAGCCCCACCAGUGCCCCACGUGCGGCAAAGACUUCAUCGAGUCGAAGUCACUUAAGAAUCACAUGAUGGGCCACACGGGAGAGAAGCCGCACAAGUGCUCCGUAUGCGGGAAGGACUUCAAGCAGAUAUCCACACUCAACAUCCACAUGAAGACCCACACGGGCGAGAAGCCACACAAGUGCGACCUGUGCGCGAAGACCUUCACGCAUUUUUCGACCCUCAAGAGUCACAUGAGGACCCACUCGGACAGGAAGUCGCACAGGUGCGCCCUGUGCGAGAAGGAGUUCGUACACCUGUCGGCGCUGAAGAUCCACAUGAUGACCCACACGGGCGAGAAGCCGCACCAGUGCCCGAUCUGCGAGAAGAGCUUCGUGAGCCUGUCGGCCCGCGACAAGCACACGAAGACGCACAACGUGCAGAAGCCGUACAAGUGCUUCGUGUGCGGGAGGAACUUUGCAGACCCUUCGAACCUCAACUUUCACAUCAAGUGUCUUAAUCACUACGAGGGAGCCGACGGAGGGAGCCGAUGGAGCCGACGGGGCCGGGUGGGCCGAUGGAGCUGGAGAUGUAGAUGCCACUGGUUCUUCAUGUUCUGUAGAUGUAUUUACCACUGGUUCUUCACGUUCUGCAGCUGUAGAUCCCACUGCUUCUUCACGUUCUGCAGAUGUAGAUCCUACUGCUUCUUCGUGUUCUGCAGAUGUAGAUGCCACUGGUUCUUCACGUUCUGCAUCACGGUCAGUGACGAGGGCAUGUCCGAGGCUCCGUCGUCCGAGGAGGGGCAGUCGCCCGUCGGGCGAGACGCUGGAGGGGACCCCGGCCGUGAGACGCUGUCCCUUGGAGGAAAUGCUCAGCGCGAGGAUGUUCAUGCCGCCGCCGAUGAGAUGGCAGCCUCUUUGCUGGUGGAGCCACGUGACGGGAAAGCGGGUCAAGAAAAGCCGAGGAAUGAGGCGUGGCCACGGGUGAAAGUUAAGAGUGAAGACACUGAUGAUAGUCAAGAAGAAUCCGACAUUCGUUUGAAAGAAGAAGACUCCGAAGGAGAGGACCUUAGCAGUGAGGAUGAGGAUCUUCAAUCCGAUGAGCGAGACCUUCAUUCCAACGAGGGGGAUGAUGACGACCACGAUGAGGAGGAAGCCUUCGAGGCCACCGGUUCCAAAGGGAGGCUUCGGAGAGGGCCACGGAGCUCACGGAGAGACGGGGUGAUUUCGUCGGACGUGGCCGAGAUUGAGGUGGUCCUGGAGGACAGCCGGAGUCGGAAGUGUUCGACGAUCGACCAGAAGGCCCAUGAUGAGAAGAAGUCCCACCGGUGCACCCUGUGUGGCAAGGGAUUCUCCUGCCUGUCGCGCCUCAAGAGCCACACGAUGACGCACACCGGAGAACGGCCCCUCGAGUGCUCCGUGUGUGGGAAGGGUUUCCGAAAGUCGUCGGCCCUCAAGAGCCACGCAAUGAUCCACACGGGGGAGAAGCCGUAUCGAUGCUCGCUGUGCGAAAAGGGAUUCAUCCAGUCGUUUGCCCUUAAGAGGCACAUGAUGAAGCACACGGACGAGAAGCCGUACAUGUGCUCGGUGUGCGGGAAGACCUUCACGGACUCGUCGACCCUCAAGAGCCAUCUUCUGAUCCACACGGGCGAGAAGCCACACGAGUGUGCGACGUGCGGGAAGACAUUCGCGCACCUCUCCAACCUCAGGAGCCACACUAAGAUCCACACGGGUGAGAAGCCCCAUCGGUGCCCCGCGUGUGGCAAGGGCUUCAUCGAGUCGAAGUCACUUAAGAAUCAUAUGAUGAGCCACACGGGAGAGAAGCCGCACAAGUGCUCCGUGUGCGGGAAGGACUUCAAGCAGAUAUCCACGCUCAACGUCCACAUGAAGACCCACACGGGCGAGAAGCCGCACAAGUGCGACCUGUGCGCGAAGACCUUCACGCAUUUUUCGACCCUCAAGAGUCACCUGAUGACCCACUCGGACAGGAAGUCACACAGGUGCGCCCUGUGUGAGAAGGAGUUCGUACACCUUUCGGCGCUGAAGAUCCACAUGAUGACCCACACGGGCGAGAAGCCGCACCAGUGCCCGAUCUGCGAGAAGGGCUUCGUGAGCCCGUCGGCCCGCGACAAGCACACGAAGACGCACAACGUGCAGAAGCCGUACAAGUGCUUCGUGUGCGGGAGGAACUUUGCGGACCUUUCGAACCUCAACUUUCACAUCAAGUGUCUUAAUCACUACGAGUCUUGAAGCCGAGCGCGUGCCGUUUAACGUUCAGAGGCAUCGCUUUAAACUCCUUGGCUUGACGGCCACUGGAGGCUUGGCUGCUAUCGCCCGUUGCUGACAUUGGGAAGCUGCAGAUUUAAUCGUGUUCCGAUGCACAUUCUUACCACCUAUUCAUCCCACUACGGUGUUUAUUUAUCAAGUAUACCUUUGAGUCAUCUGGGAAACCUGCUCGCAUCAAUGGAAUCCCAUCAUAGGGGUUUUUGUGUUGGAGCGUGUAAAUAUAAAUGUGUCGUUAAACCCACCACCACCCGCCACAGCCAAUUAGGUAAGGGGUUAACCCCUCCCCCCCCCUGGUGGGUUUAACGACACAUUUACACGAUCUAAACCCAAAAACCUCCAUCAUGGAUAACAUUGAUCGCAAAAGCCUCCUGCUGCUACGUGUUAAAUGGAACCCCAGUUCCACUUUCAAGAGGCCGAAUUCCACCACGCAGGUCUGCUCCCUCACUUAACAGCGGUAAAUGCUUUCCAAA